GAAUGCUUCAUCUUACACAGGACAAACACUAGGGCGAAAUCUAAAAAAGAAGGCAACUACAAUGAAUAACUUGCAGAACAGAGCGAAUGCUGUUUUAGCAUUCUCCAUUUCAGCCAUUUUCUGUCUCCUUGGGGCCAUCGCUUUAAGCUCACUUGUCAUCCCCAGCCAACCUUCUGGAUCUGUUGGACUGGAUUCCAUCAAAGUUUUAACUGGAAGAUAUGAUAAGAACUGGGUCGACUACAGGACGCGAGACAAUGAAUUUGCCAACACUGUGAUGCAUAUCGAUGCAGAUCUUUCAUCUCUUUUUCAUUGGAACACCAAACAGUUAUUCGUCUAUGUCGUUGCAGAAUACUCUACCCCAACACAUCUUAAAAAUGAAAUCGUUUUAUGGGAUACAAUCAUCAAGCGCAAGUCUGCGGCUGUGAUCCGCAAGAAAGGAAUUAAGAACAAAUAUAGUUUGAUCGAUGUUAACAAGAAGUGGACAAAUGUGAAUGCAAAUGUGUCUCUUCACUGGAACAUUGUCCCUUAUGUUGGAUUCAUGACCUACGGCCGCUCUCAGGCGAGUGAGCCUUAUGCGUUCCCUUUGCCCAGCGGCAUUCAGACAUAGACCAGCUUUCAUCAAACUCU